UCCUCUGCGACCAACACCAACAUGUCUGCGAAACUGAUCCUCCUGGUGGGCGCCCUCGCGGCUCUGGCCUCCGCCGUCCCCCGUCCCGACUCUCCUCCCGUCUACCACGCUCCUCACCCGACCUACAAGCAGCCAGGAAUGCCCUUCGACUUCAGCUACGCCGUCAGGGACCCCUACUCGGGCAACGACUACGCCCACGCCCAGACCAGCGACGGUCACGUCACCUCCGGAUCCUACAGCGUGGCUCUUCCCGACGGCCGAACCGAGAUCGUCGAAUUCACCGCCGAUCACGACAACGGCUACGUCGCCAACGUCGCCUACGAGGGAGAGGCCUCGUACCCCGCCCCCGCCCCCUACCAUCCCCCUCCCUACCACGCCCCCCGCCCCUCCUACCCUCCUCCUCCUCCCCACCCACAUGCAUAAGACCCUUCCAUCCUCAAGGCACAGGCGGCUCUGCCAAAAGCUCCUUGCUCACCAAAUAUCCGACGCCAAAGGAAGACUUUUCAAGCCCAAGCAUCAUUAAAUUCACGCCAAAGGCACAAGGCAGAACCAGGGUGCUUCCUGUGCCUCAGCCUCAUCACCUCCACAUGGAAAUUCAUUGCAACAUUGCUGACUCGUCCUGUUCAUGUUUUCACAAGUGAGUCGUCUUCUAGUCGCUGUAAUUUACUCUUGUCAAUAAAUGUUUCUCG